AUGGCAAUGAUGUUCAUAUGGCAACUAUGGAACCUGAGGAACCUAUGGGUGUUUGAGAAAAAGAAGGUGGAGCCGGUACUGGCCUGCAAUAGAACCAUAAAUCUACUGGUGGAGUUUGAACUAGCGGGGGAGCGCGAGGAACCUCCCCCUAAGCCCGAGGCACAUGAGAUACAAACAUGGCAGCCACCACACUCACCCCUCUUCAAGGUAAAUGUCGAUGCGGCUGUCACAGGUAGUAAAUUUGGAUUGGGCAUGGUGGUACGAGACGAGGUGGGAGAUGUAUUGAUGUCGGCAGGUUCGAGCUGCCAGGCUGAAGGUGACCCCCUCCAUGCAGAGGCCAAGGCAAUGUUCUUUGGGUUCAAGUAUGCAUUUGACGUUGGUUUUCGCUCAAUUGUGAUGGAGUCGGAUUGUGCGAACCUCGUGCAACUGGCGAUGGGAAAGACAAGGGUGCGAACCCGGACUCAAGUGAUCGUGGAUGAUAUUCUAGCUUUAGCGCCUAAUUUUGAGUAUUGCUUGUUUGUAUUUGCUAUUAGAUCAUGUAAUAGAGUGGCUCACUCCAUAGCCAAAAGCUCCCUCACCCUUGAGGAAGUGGUAGUUUGGAUGGAAGACCACCCUUUGGAUGUUUUACCUCUUGUCCUAGCUGACAAGCCCUUUGAAUAA